AUGCCUAAAUGUAUAAAAUGUAAAUCAUGUUUCUUUAAAGUGAAUGCUUUAAUUGUUCACCUUAAAAUAUUACAUGGAUAUAGUGAAACGAGUCUCUUUGAAUGUGGUGUAGAUGGCUGUAACAGAAAUUUUCCCUCUCUAAAAACUUUUAGAAGACAUGGAAAAAAACAUGAAACAACAUUUUCUGAAAGCAAUGAUAUAUCAGUUUCUGAAGUCGCUUGCAAUUCUCAUGGUGUACCAGAAUUAUCUAAUGAUAUAUUGUUUGUUCAUUCAUCAACACAUGUAGAAAGAUUGACCAAAAUUAACGAAUUGCUUGAUGUUCCUUUGAAAGAAAACAUUAAUUUGAAGGAAUUUCAAGUUGCCAUUUUUAGAAAUAAUAUAUCACUCAUGUGUAACUUGUAUUCUGAAAAUACAUUUUGUCGAAGUGACGUUCAAAAGAUUAUUGAUCAUUUUAAUCUAUUUUUAAUUGAACCUCUAAAUAUUUUUCAAAGAGGUCUAUUUGCUAUUUUUAUAGAUAAAUAUUCUAUGUCAGACUGUGAUAUACACGACAUUAAAAGGUAUUUUGAGGAAUUUCAACAUUUGUUUAAAAACUUUGAAACAGAACAUUUAAGAUUUAAAUAUUUAGAAAAAUCGGGUUAUUUUAUAAAACCUGAAGAGUAUGUUGUUGGCCAACAUCUGCAAAGGGAGAAAUUAUCGACCAUACCAAAACAUUACACUGCUCAGUAUUAA